CGCGCAGAAAUCUCGCCUCGUAGCAUAACCCUACUAGCUCUCCCAAAGCCGAGCCCUUUCGGCAGCGCACGUCCCCACCGGUUCAGCCCUCUCUCUCUCUCGCUUCUCCCCUCUCCCCACUCCACCGCGGCGGCCGCAACGCGCAGCAACCGGUAGCACAAACGCAGCAAGGAAGCGCAACCGAAGCGCCUUCUGUUGUCGCUACCUCCCGCGACCUACGCCAUGGCGGACCCGGCUGAGCACCGUCCGGCGGAGGAGGAGGAGGCCGCGGCGGCGGGCGAGGACGAGGACACCGGCGCCCAGGUCGCGCCCAUCGUCAAGCUGGAGGAGGUCGCCGUCACCACCGGCGAGGAGGACGAGGAUGUGCUCCUCGACAUGAAGGCGAAGCUGUAUCGCUUCGACAAGGAGGGGAACCAGUGGAAGGAGCGGGGCACGGGCACCGUGAAGCUGCUCAAGCACAAGGAGACCCGCAAGGUCCGCCUCGUCAUGCGCCAGGCGAAGACGCUCAAGAUCUGCGCCAAUCACCUCGUGGUGGCGACGACGAAGAUGCAGGAGCACGCGGGGAGCGACAAGUCGUGCGUGUGGCACGCGCUGGACUUCGCCGACGGCGAGCUCAAGGAGGAGAUGUUCGCCAUCCGCUUUGGAUCUGUCGAGAACUGCAAGAAAUUCAAGGAUAUUGUAGAAGAGAUUGCUGAGCAGCAAGGAAAGAAUGAGGACAAAGAAAACGAGGAAGUCUCCUCUGCUGCUGGAUUGGUAGAGAAGUUAACGGUGACAGAGACCAACAAGGAGGAAAAUGUGGAGAAAAAGGAUGCCCCUGCAGCAGAUGAUAAGGAUGUUAAAGAGUGAAGGCUCCUGCUUUUUCUGCCUAUGUGUUAGUGGUAUACUCAAACAGUUUUAAGUGUCAAAUGAGUGUCAUUCCAUUCAUUUUGUUGUCAAGGUUCAUCUUCUCUUCACAAAUUUUCACUGUGUUCUGUUCGGGCUGAAUGCUUCAGUCAGGCAAAGUAUGAGUCGUGUCUGUCUUCUACUUGGAGUUCUUGGUUGAUACUGUUACUUAAGUUUCUUGUUUAUCUGGGAUGAGUGGCUGGGGUCAGCAUAUUUGUACAAUUAUUUGGAGUUGCUUUUGGAAUGGACGCGGUUUGAGUUGUCCAA